AUGGUGCUCUUUGACCUCAGUGGCGUGGCUCAGAUGAUCUUGUGGGCUGUGUCCUCCAAACAUCCACAGCUGGGCUCCACUGCCGGUGUGCUGCUGGAGGCUUCCCCCUCGCUCAACCCCAUGCAGAGCGACGAGGGCCACGAGCGCUUCCCGGCCGAGGAUGAAGGUGAAGCGGUCAACGUGCCGGCCGACAGGAGAGAGAACCGACCCACUCCGGAGGCGCCAAUUAUCACCAGCCCACCUCAGACCCACAAGCCCGACAUCUACGACCUGGAGUGGAGGUCGGGGCGUGAUGGAGGGAAUAAAAUCAACGCCUAUUUUGUAAAAUAUCGCAAGGUCGAUGAUUUGGGAACAGUGGUGGGGAGCUGGCACACAGUCCGUGUCCCUGGCAGUGAGAAGACCCUGCGGCUGUCGGAGCUGGAGCCCUCCAGUCUCUAUGAGGUGCUGAUGGUGGCUCGCAGCUCAGCAGGCGAGGGCCAGCCGGCCAUGCUCACCUUCCGCACCGGCAAGGAGAAGAUCCCCACCGUCGUCAAGAAUCCGUCCAAGCCUCCCGUUAUCUCUCUGCCCCCCAAAGCUGCAGAGGACAAAACGCCUACACACUUUGGUGUCGUCAUCCACGACAGAGUACCCGAGGCACCAGACCGCCCCACCAUCUCUAUGGCAACUGAAAGCUCUGUGUAUGUCACCUGGAUCCCGAGAGCCAAUGGAGGGUCUCCGAUCACAGCCUUCCGGGUGGAGUACAGACGUGGUCGCAGUGCAGAGUGGGUCGUGGCGGCAGAUAAUAUCUCGCCUCUCAAACUGUCUGUGGAAGUUCGCAAUCUGGAGCCUGGUUCCUCGUAUAAGUUCCGUGUCAUGGCCAUAAACAUGUACGGUGAGAGUCCCCAUAGCAUUCCCUCGAAGAUUUACCAGGUGCCCCAAGCCAGCCCGCGCAUCGCAGACCGCCCCAUAGUCGGACCCCACAUCUCCUCCACUGACGCCAUCAGUGACACGCAGAUCAUGCUGCGCUGGACUUAUAGUCCCACAAGUAACAACAACACUCCAAUCCAAGGCUUCUACAUUUACUACCGGCCCACGGACAGCGACAAUGACAGCGACUAUAAAAGAGACGUGGUCGAGGGUGUGAAACCCUGGCACAUGAUUGGACACCUCCAGGCCGAGACAUCCUAUGAUAUCAAGAUGCAGUGCUUUAAUGAUGGGGGGGAAAGUGAAUACAGCAACGUCAUGAUCUGUGAGACCAAAGCGCGUCAGUCCCCGGGGUCGCCCAGCCAGCACCCCAUCACCCCAUCCUACCCCCACCCGCCGGACCCCCCCUCCCCACCUGGGGGGCUGCUGUACCUGAUCGUGGGCUGUGUCCUCGGAGUGAUGGUGCUCAUCCUGCUGGCUUUUAUCGCCAUGUGUCUGUGGAGGAAUCGCCAGCAGAACAACAUGCACAAGUACGACCCCCCCGGCUACCUGUACCAGCCUGCAGAGAUGAACGGCCAUGUCCUGGAGUACACUACCCUGCCUGGCUCCAGCCGCCUCAAUGGGGGCGUCCACGGGGGCUACGGGCACAACGGCCCCAUGUUACCCCAAGGGUGCCAUCACCUCCACCACAAACACCCCAACGGCAGCCUGUUCUCCCCCGGACACCAACACAGCCAUGAUGGCAGCCUGCCCCGCAGCACCCUGGACUUCGAGCACUCGCACCCCCACCACCACCAUAAUGGUGGAGGCAUGUACACCGCUCUUCCCCAAACAGAGUCGUCUGACUGUAUGAGCUGUCAGAACCUCUGCAACAAUAACCGAUGUUACAACAAGACCAAUGGCACUUUCUCCAGCGGCACUCUGCCUGUAAUGCAUCGCAUGGCGCCGUGCCAGCAGGACGGUCUGGAGAUGGUGCCUCUGGGCCAGGUUUCCUCGCAGUGCCAGGGCCCCGACAGCCACAUGCACUCUGGUGAGCAUGGGGCCGACGCAGGGUACCAGCCAGACGAGCACAGCGAGUCCUCGCCCUCGCAGCAUUCCUGCUGUCUGGUGGGGAACAAUGAAAACUGUCCAGCAGACAACACUGCUGAGGAGGAGCUGGAGUGCAUGGACAUGGAGGGGCCUGUGGUCUGCUGGGAGUCUCUCGGCCUGCCUGACUUGGACUGUGACGAAAAGCCUGGGUGGAUCUCCAGCAGCAGCCUGGCAGGAGAGCUGAUCCAGCCCGGCCCACAGGAGGUCUGAAUACGGCCCAUACACUAGCACAAUCUCCUGCAGCGCGGAGAGGAACCUGGCAGAGAGACAGUGUUGGAAAUAUCACAGAGAAAGAGGACCAGCCAUGGGAUAGUCAGAGACACUGCAUGUUACGGUGACAAAGACACAAAAACCUUGAAAGGACGAGCAAAGUGUGAAAAGAGAGCGACUACAAGAGACUGAAACAAAACCAGAUGGAAGAGCAGAGGUUGCUCAAAGACUGAAACUAUCCCAUUGGAGGAAAGACUCUCAUAACAGACAAACAAAAACUCUUCAGAUGACUUAUUUAUUUUUUGUAGUAGUGAAAUAUUAUUUCAUAUGAAUGUAUCUGUUUUAAAGAAAAAAGAAGUUUGUCUUUUAUAUUAUUUAUGCCUUUUGGAUGAGAAAUACUUUUUAUUUUGUGUUGUUUUGUCCCUCUGUGUUCCACUCAAGCGUGGAGAUUAGCAAUUGUUUGUGUAAAGUUUUGUAAUAAUAUAAAGAGAAGAUAUGGAAGAGUAAACUCCGGCCUAUUUUCAAUG